AUGACAGUUUACUUUUUUUGCAGGAAGGAUGCCAAUGCCGCGCUGCUCAGUAACUAUGAGGUGUUCCAGUUACUAACUGAUUUGAAAGAGCAGCGUAAAGAAAGUGGAAAGAAUAAACAUAGUUCUGGGCAACAGAACUUGAAUACUAUCACAUAUGAAACAUUAAAAUACAUAUCAAAAACACCAUGCAGGCACCAGAGUCCUGAGAUUGUGAGAGAAUUUCUGACAGCAAUGAAAAACCACAAGUUGACCAAAGCUGAAAAACUUCAGCUGCUGAAUCACAGGCCUGUGACUGCUGUUGAGAUCCAGCUGAUGGUGGAGGAGAGUGAGGAACGGCUGACAGAGGAGCAGAUCGAAGCUCUGCUCCACACCGUCACAAGCAUCCUCCCCGCGGGGCCAGAGGCCGAGCAGCAGCAGAAUACCAGUGACGACGUGGCGAUGGAUGAGGAGGACCCCGCGUAG